ACCCAAUCACCAGGCUCGGAGGCGCUGCCUGGUCGGGAACAUUCCAGGGGAUUCGCCUUGCGUCCUGCCCCCAGUCUUUGCCAGACCAAUCAGCGUCCUGGGUGCCGCCCCACCAGAACUCUCCAGACUUUUCUGGGGCUUGCUAGGCGGUGGAGAGGAGGCGGGAGAUGGGGGUGUGAGCGGCAGGAGGGUGAGGAGGACCUGGCUGGGCUGAUAACAGGAUUUUAUUUGGUGGAAGAUUAGACAAAAAGACUGCUAGAACUCACCACCGCAAACUGAGAAAACUUGUGAGGUCUCGAGUGGGUUCCUGGCAGCCCAGAUUUACUCCCACAAAUCCCUAGUAGAGGGUAAAGGAGCCCAGAAAAGCAGCUAAUCCGAAGUGUGGAGAGUGUCUUGUGCAGAGACCAGAAGGCCUCGGAAAACCAUGGCUGCUACUAAGGGAAUGGCCAUUGGCAUCGACCUGGGCACCACCUACUCGUGCGUGGGGGUGUUCCAGCACGGCAAGGUGGAGAUCAUCGCCAACGACCAGGGCAACCGUACCACCCCUAGCUACGUGGCCUUCACUGACACCGAGCGGCUCAUCGGGGAUGCCGCCAAGAACCAGGUAGCCAUGAAUCCCCAGAACACUGUCUUUGAUGCCAAACGUCUGAUUGGCAGAAAAUUUAAUGAUCCUGUAGUGCAAUCAGAUAUGAAACUUUGGCCUUUUCAAGUAAUCAAUGAAGGAGGCAAACCUAAGGUGCUGGUGUCCUACAAAGGGGAGAAAAAAGCUUUCUACCCUGAGGAAAUCUCUUCUAUGGUACUAACUAAAAUGAAGGAGACUGCUGAGGCUUUUUUAGGCCACCCUGUCACCAAUGCUGUGAUCACUGUGCCAGCCUAUUUCAAUGACUCUCAACGCCAGGCCACCAAGGAUGCAGGUGUGAUUGCGGGUCUCAAUGUGUUAAGAAUUAUCAAUGAACCCACAGCUGCUGCCAUUGCCUAUGGCUUAGAUAAAGCAGGUCAGGGAGAGCGACAUGUACUGAUCUUUGAUCUGGGUGGAGGCACAUUUGAUGUGUCCAUCCUGACCAUAGAUGAUGGGAUUUUUGAGGUAAAGGCCACAGCUGGGGACACCCACUUGGGUGGAGAGGACUUUGACAACAGGCUGGUGAGUCACUUUGUGGAAGAAUUCAAGAGGAAGCACAAAAAGGACAUCAGCCAGAACAAGCGAGCCGUGAGGCGGCUGCGCACUGCCUGCGAGAGGGCCAAGAGGACCCUGUCGUCCAGCACCCAGGCCAACUUGGAAAUCGAUUCACUUUAUGAAGGAAUUGACUUCUACACAUCCAUUACCAGAGCCCGGUUUGAGGAGUUGUGUGCAGAUCUGUUUAGGGGCACUCUGGAGCCUGUAGAGAAGGCUCUUCGUGAUGCCAAGAUGGACAAGGCUAAAAUUCAUGACAUUGUUUUAGUAGGAGGCUCCACCCGCAUCCCUAAGGUUCAGAGGCUGCUGCAGGACUACUUUAAUGGCCGUGAUCUCAACAAGAGCAUCAACCCAGAUGAGGCAGUGGCCUAUGGGGCUGCAGUACAGGCAGCCAUUUUGAUGGGGGACAAGUCCGAAAAGGUACAGGACCUGCUUUUGUUGGAUGUGGCUCCCUUGUCCUUAGGGUUGGAGACAGCCGGGGGCGUGAUGACGGUCCUAAUUAAGCGCAACUCCACCAUCCCCACCAAGCAGACGCAGAUCUUUACCACCUACUCAGAUAACCAGCCUGGGGUAUUGAUCCAGGUGUAUGAGGGUGAGAGGGCCAUGACAAGAGACAACAACCUGCUGGGGCGCUUUGACCUGACUGGAAUCCCUCCUGCACCUAGAGGAGUUCCUCAGAUCGAGGUGACCUUUGACAUCGAUGCCAACGGUAUUCUCAAUGUAACAGCCAUGGACAAGAGCACCGGCAAGGCCAACAAGAUCACCAUCACCAAUGACAAGGGCCGCCUGAGCAAGGAGGAGAUUGAGCGCAUGGUUGUGGAUGCUGAAAAAUACAAAGCCGAAGAUGAGGUCCAGAGAGAGAAAAUUGCUGCAAAAAAUGCCUUAGAAUCUUAUGCUUUUAACAUGAAGAGUGCUGUGAGUGAUGAAGGCUUGAAGGGAAAGAUUAGUGAGACUGAUAAAAAGAAAAUACUGGAUAAAUGCAAUGAGGUCCUUUCAUGGCUGGAGGCCAAUCAACUGGCGGAGAAAGAUGAGUUUGAUCAUAAGAGAAAGGAAUUGGAACAAGUGUGUAAUCCAGUCGUCACAAAACUCUACCAGGGAGGGUGCUCUGGGCCUGCCUGUGGAACAGGGAAUGUGCCUGGAAGGGCUGCCACAGGCCCCACCAUUGAAGAAGUAGAUUAAUCUUAUCUGGAGCUGGAGGGUUCUAGGGUGCCUCGAAGGUGAAUAGUUACCCUCUUCUUCAGACAUUGUUAUGAUUCUUGAAUUGACUGGACCUGAGCCUAAGUUACCAUCGUUUGGGGAUUCUGAUGGAGGAGUUUCAUAUGCCAUCUUUUCACAUUCCAUUGUCCUGUUUCUUACUCUGGAAUGAGACUCUUAGGAAACCUAGGCCCCUAUUUGAACCAUCUGAUGAAUUUGAAUGUUUGUUAUUUAUUUCCACCGUUCCUAACUUUCUCCUCUCUGUGUGGAUAAUUAUUUGUCACUCAGUAAAUUUGUUCCUAAAGCAAA